UUUCAAAUCGAUAAACGUGUUUCAAGUAUUAAAAAUUCGUACCAAUCUAAAAUUAUACGUUCAUUUUAUUGGUGUGGUGAAAAUUAAUGGAAACUGUAAUUUUAUUAAGAAGAAAUUUAAGUUGAAUCAAGUAAAAAAAACUAACCCAAGAGUUAGUUUUAAUGUCCAAGAUAUGACAAGCAGUGUGAAAUAGAAUGCAACAGAAUAGUGGACAAUUGACACCAAGAUAUCAACAUCAAGGUCAGACUCCGUUACAAUACGGUAGUUUACCCGUUGGUCUAGCGCCAUCCGAUGCUGUAAUCCAAUCUAUCCGCUUACGUCGAGCUGGCAGCGAAUGGUUGUGUGAUAAUGCGAAAAGUUUUCUACGUAAAGUUGAGAGUCGUAAAUCACAUCGGCGAAAAGUUCAAGUGCAAGAUGGUGGCUUGGUGAUAACAGCACGUGAGAAUCAGGACAAUAUUGAUCAGGAUGAUGUUAAACUAAAAUGUAUCUUACCAAUGGAUUCAAGCGAACACUUUCAAUUUGAUGUUGAUUAUCCAGAAUCACCGCUAACGGAUACACCUCCCACAUAUUGUUUUGAUAAUACGCAUGAGCAUCAUACACAUCAUGAUAAUGUUAAGAUCAAUAUUAAUGAUUUAUCCGAUAAUUGGCAACAUCAAUUUAAAAUAAAACCACGGACACGACCGUUGGCAAGCUUAUCAUGCGGACAAUUACAUAUGCUACGAAAAUUGGCGAAUAUUAAAUUGAAAACGAUUUUGGAAGAAUAUUGUCCGACACAUCGUACUGGAUGGAAUUGGGAGUUACCGAAAUUAAAGAAAAAAUUGAAACAAUCCGAUUUUAAAGACAAGAAAGCAUUUGGAGUACCGCUAUCAAUAUUACAACAAAGAAAUGGUAAAGCUUUACCCAAUGGUAUAACGGCCGCAAUCAGUUAUUUACGUGACAAUGCAAUGGAACAAAUUGGAUUGUUUCGGAAAUCUGGCGUUAAAUCUCGAAUACAAAAAUUAAAAACAAUUAUUGAAAAUAUGUCAACGCAUGUGGAUUUCAGUGAUCAACAGGCAUUCGAUGUUGCUGACAUGAUUAAACAGUAUUUUCGUGAAUUACCAGAAGUACUUCUCACAAAUAAAUUAUCUGAAACGCUUAUUUUAAUAUUUCAAUAUGUACCGUUAGAAUGUCGAACGGAAGCCGUACAAUGGGUAUUAUUAUUGUUGCCAGAUGAGAAUUCCGAAGCGUUACAAGUAUUGUUAGAUUUGCUGCAUGAUGUUUCGUUGUAUUCGCACAUCAAUCAAAUGACUCCCAGUAAUUUAGCUGUAUGUCUGGUGCCAACAUUAUUCCAUUUUCGGAAUACUGGCGGUAAUACUGGCACACCCAGUCAACAAGAAUUGGAAGACAAUCGGGCAGCUCAUGAAUGUUUAUUGCAUUUCAUUGUACAUAAUACUGAACUAUUUACGAUAACAGUGGAUUUAGUUGUGCAAUGUCAUUUUAAUUAUUUGGAAGACGCUGUACCAGUUACGUUGUCGAAUUUAGGAUCGAAUUUAAAUCAAGAUUGGAAAGAAUAUCAAGAAUUAUGUAUGGCUGCCUUAUUAAAAGUUGCUAAAGAAAAAAGUUUGGGCUGGGUCAGUAUUUACAAUCCGUAUCGACCACAUAUCGAUAUAUCAUACAAAAAGGUUGGUGACGAACAUCCUCUAGAAUUAUGGCGGGUAUGUACGGAAGUGGAAGCGCCUCCCAGUGAAGUGUUGCAACGUAUUCUAACUGAACGCACGUUAUGGGAUGAAACAUGUAUUUCGGCGCAUGUCGUGAAACGAUUAGAUGCCGAAACCGAUGUUUAUCAGUAUGUGUUGGAUUCUGAGGGUAUUAAACCAUUAUUUCAUCGGGAUUUUUGUGUUAUACGGAGUUGGAAAACACAGUUACAAAAAUCUGCGUGCAUGAUUGUGGAAACAUCUGUGGAACAUCCAGACGCUCCGUUAUCUACAGGUGCUGUACGAGGUUUAAUAUUGGCCUCACGUUACUUAAUUGAGCCAUGUGGUUCUGGUAAAUCCAGAAUUCUAUAUUUAGCUCGUAUGGAUAUCAAGGGCAAAACCCUAGAAUGGUACAAAUAUUUUGGGCAUUUAUGUGCAAUUCACAUAAAUCGUUUAUGUCAAUCAUUUUUGCAUCCAAGUACAAUCGGUCCAGAGAGCAAAGUCUAAUUCCAAAUGAAACAAUACCAAAACAAAUUUUAUUUUUAUUUUAUUUUAGUUUUUUAAGUGAUGAUCAUGUUUUUUUAAUUAGUUUUUGUUAAUUAAUUCGGUGAAAUAUUUGAAAGAAGUAGAAAGAAAGUUUAAAAGUCACAUAGAAUUCUAGUUUGUAAGAAUUUAUUAAUUAAUUUUACUUAAUUAUUACGGGUAUUA